CGUGUUCUCUUGACAGGUAAGCUGUGGACGCCUGAAAACAAGUCACUACUGCAAGUCACGUCGUCGAAACAAUGUUUCCCCGUUUGUAUUUUUAACUAAAGCCCGUCGUCUCGCGGGGGUCUCGGGAAACUUUCGGACAUGGCGUGUGCCGAUCCAGAAUUGGACGUGGCGAAGAUUCCUCUGAUUGCGCUGAAUGUGAGCGUGCGGAAAAAGUUGGGGCUGUAUCUCAACCCCAGGAACACAGUGGCCGCGGACUGGAUGGCCGUCGCAGAGGCCAUGGGCUUCACUUACCUGGAGAUAAAGAACUAUGAAGCAGCUCGCAGCCCCACUGUAAAGCUCCUGGAGGACUGGCAGGCCCGGUCCACAGACGCCACGGUGGGGAGGCUGCUCUCCAUCCUGGAGGAGGUGGAGAGAAAAGACAUUGUGGAGGAUCUUCGUCCCUUAAUAGAUGAGGAUGUCAGGAAGUAUUGUGAAAGUCUGAAGAAGAAGGCUGAACCCCCUGUUCAGGUUCAUGAGGUUGACAGCUGUGUCCCCCGCACCCCAGAGAGGUUCGGCAUCACCCUGGAGGACGAUCCCGAAGGGGCUCCUGAGCUGUUUGAUGCCUUCAUCUGCUACUGCCAGAGUGACUUCGAGUUUGUCCAUGAGAUGAUCAAGGAGCUGGAACAGACAGAGUACAGGCUGAAGCUGUGCGUGUUCGACAGAGAUGUCCUCCCGGGCUCUUGUGUAUGGACCAUCACUAGUGAACUCAUUGAAAAAAGGUGUAAGCGGAUGGUGGUGGUGAUUUCUGAUGAAUACCUUGACAGCGACGCCUGUGACUUCCAGACCAAGUUUGCUCUCAGCCUCUGUCCCGGAGCUCGAAACAAACGGCUUAUUCCAGUGGUGUACAAGUCAAUGACAAAGCCGUUCCCCAGCAUCCUACGCUUCCUCACCAUAUGUGACUACACCCGGCCUUGCACUCAGGCCUGGUUCUGGGUACGGCUGGCCAAAGCUCUUGCACUGCCAUAAUCAUGGAGCUGGCAGUUAAUCGUGUUUAAAGAUGCAACAGGGAUGUUGGACAAUGGCUAAACAUUACAGGCUCAAGUGUGCUAUUGCUUGUGAUCUACGUCCUGCUAGCUUCGGAACCCACUUCUUGUUUACUGUGUAUAUACAGUAUAAUUUAAAAUACUACUAUUUGUGUUUACUAUGAGAAUGACAUAGUAAUUUCUGAAUAUUAUCAUUAUAAUACCAAAUAACCGCAAAGUUCUCAGUGCACGCAGCCAUUGUUAUUAUUAAAAUUUCAAGAAUAACAGGUUGUGCCUGCAACUAUUUUGUAUUUAUGAGUUACUGGUGAGAAAGAUUUAUUUGUAUAUGGAGCAGCAUGUACAAAAUGCUCUGUUUGCUCUGUUUUGUUUUUGCACUGGCCACUUCCUCUAUGAGUCAGCUUCUAGAUGAGAUUGAAGCUAAAGAGGAAGAGAUAUUGUGAUUGUGAUACUUCCACAUGUUCAGUUUUAGUGACUGCUGACACCUGCCUUUCGCUCUCACUUUCUCUGUCACCAUAAUGUCUGACAUUUGAAUUUGUAUGAUUUUGUAAUUUUGAUAUGGUCUUUCUAAGAAUACUUUUAUAAAAAUUUAAUAAAUUCCACCUUGAAUAAA